AUGAUGUUCACCGCUGCUCAGGCCAAACAGGCCAACUAUACCUGCGCGGCUAUAUCUCUGGUAAUCUUACUCACUCGAGCUGCUGUUUCACGACGAGGACAAAGAGCGGUCGAUCUUGCUUUCUGGCUGGUUGCGCUAUCCAUCAUUGUAGUGAUCACGCGCAUCGUCGUGGUCUUUUACUACCUCCUCUACGGUACAGCGAGCGACGUUAUUCGCGAUGCAGACUACUUCAACAGUCACGAUUCAAGUCGGGUGGUGGCUGGCAGCAAAUUAUCUCUGGCAGCUCGAGUGCUCAUCACAGCUUCAUGUUGGCUUCAAAUAUGCCUUCUACUCCUCUUCUACUCGCAGCUCUACACCAUGAAAGGUAUUCGAUGGGUCGCUCACAUGAUUCGAUUUACAUGGUUUGGGGCUGGUCUGACAUUCCUUGCCGUUGUACUGGCGACUUUCCUCGAGUGUCGCCCUCUCCAUCUAUAUUGGCAGGUGCAACCAAGUCCUGGAAGCUGCAUCAAGGGCUACGUUCAGCUUCUGGUCCAAUGCAUCAGCAACAUUGUCCUCGACCUCAUGUUAUUGGUGAUCUCUUAUCCAAUUCUCUUCUGCAAAGGCCGAAGCUUGGGCCAACAUUUCCGCGUCGCAGCACUAUUCAUCCUCGGCACUUUCUGCAUCAUUGUCACCACUCUCCGACUCGUAUCAGUAUUUGACAGUGGUUCGGCCCAACCUACGCGAAGUCUCUGGGCUUCGAUCCAAAUGGUCGUUUCAACCUUUGUCGCAAACGCACCAACCAUCUACGGCGAUUUGAAAGUGCAGAGACGGAAGAAAAGCAACGCCAUCGCUAGAAGAUUGAGUCGACCAGAACUCUGGGGACCAGACUCGAAUGGUUCUGUCCGAGGACUUGUUACACCACAGAGAGCCGUCACCGUCGAGUCGCAGAGAUCUGGCACAUCUGGAUCUGUUUCGAGUGGGACAGGCAGGAAAGAUUGGUUUGAUCAUCUGGAAGAUAUUGAGGCCAUGGGAUGGAAAACGCCAAAUUGGGGUAAAAGUCGUUACGAACCGGGGUAA